UACUGUUUCACUCUCACUCCACAGGGAGGAAAUCUCACUCACUCACUCUCACUCUCACUCUCACUUCACAGGCCAGCAAACAUGUGCAGCUCAACAGAGACAGAGGCCGGAGCAGGAGCUGGAGCCGGAGCCGGAGCCGGAGCCGGAGCUGAAGCUACUCAAGAUUCAAAUAGAACCGCGCGAGAGAGAAACUUGGAGAAUUGGCUUCCAGUAACAGCUUCUCGGAAAGCAAAUUGGUGGUACUCUGCAUUCCACAAUGUAACAGCUAUGGUUGGUGCAGGUGUACUUGGACUGCCUUUCGCAAUGUCCGAGCUUGGAUGGGUUCCUGGAAUGGGUAUCUUAGCACUUUCAUGGGUGGUCACUUUGUACUCAUUGUGGCAACUGGUUGAAUUACAUGAAUGUGAGCCUGGAAAACGUUUCGAUCGUUACCCUGAGCUAGGAGAACAUGCUUUUGGAAAAAAGAAGGGUUAUUGGAUUGUAAUGCCUCAACAAUUAAUUGUUCAAGUAGCUACAGACAUUGUGUACAUGGUCACUGGUGGAAACUCUCUAAAGAAGUUUUUUGAGCUGGUUUUCCCAAGUGCAGGCUCAAUUAGAAAGACCUACUUCAUUACAAUCUUUGGUGGCCUGCAGUUGCUGCUUUCUCAGGCUCCCAAUUUUAACUCCCUAAGGGGAGUCUCAUUACUUGCAGCCCUAAUGUCCGUUAGUUACUCUUCCAUAGCUUUCAUUGCAUCUGCAAUAAAAGGUUCGCAAAAUCAUAGACCAGUGCAAUACGGCAUUCGUGCAACCACCACAGCAGGCACCAUAUUCGACAUAUUCAAUGGCAUGGGAACAAUAGCUUUUGCCUUUGCUGGCCAUAGUGUUGUUCUAGAGAUUCAGGCUACAAUCCCUUCAACUCCUGAGAAGCCUUCAAGUAAACCUAUGUGGAAAGGAGUAGUUGUAGCAUACCUUAUUGUUGCAUUUUGCUACUUCACAGUUUCUGUUGCUGGCUUUUGGGCUUUUGGUAUUGGUGUAGAUGAUGAUGUCCUAGUGACACUCAGCAGACCCGCAUGGCUUAUUGCUGCUGCUAAUCUCAUGGUGUUUAUCCAUGUUGUUGGAAGCUAUCAGGUUUUUGCAAUGCCAGUAUUUGACAUGAUUGAAUCAUACUUGGUAAAAGAUUUAGGAUGCACUCCAGGGCUCACUCUCCGCAUAAUUGCACGUAGUGCUUAUGUUAUUUUGACAGGUUUUAUAGGGAUUUGCAUCCCUUUCUUUGGAGGGUUAUUAGGGUUCUUUGGGGGACUCGUGUUUGCAUCCACAUCAUAUUUUCUCCCUUGUAUAAUGUGGCUUAUCCUUAAAAAACCAAAAAGGUGGAGCUUCCAUUGGAUUGCAUGUUGGUUCUCGAUCGUAUUUGGAAAUUUGAUAAUGAUUCUUGCGCCGAUUGGAGGAAUGCGACAAAUUAUUAUUAGUGCUAAAGAUUACAAGUUUUUCUCUUAGGUUGUAAUUACAGAAAAAAAAUAGUUUAAAUGUUGCCAAUUUUUGUUUGUGAAAUAUCAAUUUAUUUCUGUGUUUUGGUUAAGAUACCAAUUGAAAUAUCUGAAACUUUCAACAUUUAAGACCAUGAACAGUUACUCUGACAAUCGGAAUUUUUUGUCGAUUGUGUCAGUUAGAUUAUUCAAUGCGAAGCUAGUCUUGUACUUCUGAUUC